UAUACCUAUGUUAUUUCAAAGAAUAAUUUAUUAAUAUACAUACAUAUUUAGGUAAUAAAAUCAUUCAUUGUACUAAUUAAUGUUUUAUUUAUUAAAUCAUCAUUCAAAUUUUUAAAAUUAAUAUAUUUAUUAUUACCACCAUGCUUAUCCGGAAUGUUAUACCUAUUCAAGUAUUUAUGGUUCUGGUUAUGUGUGUUUCGAGUGUUGGGUUUUUUUGAAUGGGUUUUUUUUAGGGAUGUCAUGGGUUAUUUCGAUUACCUACAUAUAGGUUUUAGGUAUAGAUUUAGAUACGUAUGUUUGAUGCUAUAAUCGUACGUUUUAUCUAUCACCUAUUACGUCCAUUAUGAUGGGCAUUAUACAAUUAUUGUUGUCUGUUCCAGCUAUUGAAUAACGAUUGUCAUUUAAAAAUAAUACGAGCAUGUUCAUUGUGUUAAUGUUAACAUGCGUUUUUGAUCGCUAUGCAGAUUAAAACGGUAUAUACCGUCACGUCGAUAAUAUAAAGAACUCAGGUAGGUAUACCUAGACAAUAAAUGACGCGCUAUAACCUAUAUAGAUGUAUAAUAUAACUGGUGCACAUAAAUAUAUAACCAUGAUAAACAAUACCAUUGUAUUAAGCACUUAAAAUUUCGUUCGUUUUGGCAAUGUAAUAAAGCGUGUGGUUCGUUCGUGUACCGACCAUGUUCGAUGAUACUACCAAACCGGUGUAUUUGAAGAAUCGGAAUUUCGCCGAGUCCGCGUACGGACAGCAGCAACAACUUCAACCGAGUGCGUUGCAGUUAGCCGAUUUGACGUUUAAUUCAAAAGCCAACAUAGAAAAAAAUACCAGUAAACUUGAAAUACAAGACGAACUUGGCAUGCCGGUAAAUUACGUAAGAAUCAAAGCCUUGGAAGAUGAUAUUCGGAUGAACUUAAUUAGUGAUAAAAAUUCAUUGCACAGAGCUAUCACUCCAGUAUUAAUUUUGGCGCAAAUUUGCGCUCUUUUACCGGUUCAAGGCAUUCGAGGGAAAAAUACUAGUUAUUUAGUUUUUAAUUGGUUCAGUUGGACAGUUUUUUAUGUCUUCAUUGUGAUAGCUGCGUCUCUCUUAAUUCUUUCAUUUUCACUCAUCAAAAUAUAUAUGACUGGAUUGACAUAUUACAGCACGGGAGAAAUUAUGUUUUUUGGAAGUUCACUGGUAAUUUAUAUUCUAUUUAUUCAUUUGGCAAGAGAAUGGCCAAAAGUUAUGGAAAAAUGGGAACUAAUGGAACGUGAAAUGAGACAAUUUGGUUAUCCUCCCAAAACGGCUUUUAAGUUCAAAAUUCUUACAAGCAUCAUAAUGGUGCUUGCUAUAAUUGAACACUCUGCUUCCGUUUUAACUGGAAUAAUGAAAGCAAUUCCUUGUUCAACGGGUGGACUUGAUAUUUUUCGAGCUUACUUCUCAAUGUCUUUUCGACAAGUCUUUACAUUGAUUAAUUAUUCACUUGUAAUAGCUAUACCUUUGGGACUAUUUAAUUUUAUGCUUGCUUGUGCUUGGAAUUAUAUGGAUUUAUUUAUUAUCAUUUUAGCAUGUGCUUUGUCCGAUAAAUUUAAGCAGCUUAAUCAAAAACUAGCCGGUGUCAAAGGAAAGAUACUUCCAAAUACGUAUUGGAGGAAAUCCAGAGAAACAUAUAACCUAUUAGCGUCGUUAACUAAAGACUUUGAUGAGUUUUUGUCACCAGUGAUAUUAUUAUCAUUUGCUAACAAUUUGUACUUUAUUUGCUUACAGCUUCUAAACAGUUUGAAACCAAUGCACGACGUUUGGGAGGCUAUUUACUUCGUGUUUUCAUUUACAUAUUUGGUUGGAAGAACAUGUGCUGUAUCUUUAUACGCCGCUUCCAUAAACGAUCAAAGCAAAAAACCGAAAGCCAUCCUAUUUUCUGUGCCGACUGAAAGUUAUGGAGUAGAGGUUGCAAGAUUCUUAAUGCAAGUAACAUCUGAUGAAUUAGCAUUGACUGGAUGUAAUUUUUUUUCGGUUACUAGAACAUUAAUGUUGACGGUUGCUGGGACAAUAGUCACAUAUGAGAUCGUAUUAAUACAAUUCAACAGCGUAAAUAGUGAAGUUAAUGAUAAAAAUGAUACUAUUAUUUACACAUUCAAACUCGGAAACGGUGAGUGUGAUGAGUUUAGUUGUGUUAUAGUAACAUCAGUUUUUACUUUUUUGAUUAUGUCCGACGAAAACACUUUCCGUCCCAUUUAUCUCAAGGACAGGAAUUUCAUUGAACCUGGAUAUGAACGGCAGUUGAAACAAAGUUCAUUAUCCGAUUUAGCGGCCCAUUCAAGUAAUAAAACGUUUAGUUUAAAAGAAAACAAGGGGAAUAUCGCGCUUGAAAUACAAGAUGACCUUGGAAUGGCGGUAAAUUAUGUGAGGAUCAAAGCCUUGGAAGACAGUAUAAGGAAGGACAUAAUUAGCGAUACGAAUUCAAUGCACAAAGCCAUCACUCCUGUACUUAUUUUAGCGCGAGUGUGCGCUCUUUUACCGGUCCAAGGCAUUAGAGGACAAAACACUAGCUAUUUAAUUUUCAAUUGGUUCAGCUGGCCAGCGAUAUACAGCCUUAUUGUAACUGGGAUAUCUAUUUUGGUAGUUUCAUUUUUAGUAUUGGACUUGUAUAUUCAUGGAUUGACAUACGAGAUCAUGGGUGAUAUAAUAUUUUAUGGAGCUUCACUAGUCCUUUAUAUAGUUUUUAUUCACAUGGCGAGAAAAUGGCCAAAAGUUAUGGAAAAAUGGGAACUAAUGGAACGUGAAAUGAAACAAUAUGGAUACCCACUUAAUACGGCAUUUAAGUUCAAAAUUUUAACAAGCAUCAUCAUUUUACUUUCAUCAAUCGAACACUUUGCUAGUAUUUUAACGGGGGUAUUGAAAGUUAUACCUUGCUUAUCGGACGGAGAAGAUAUUUUUCGAGCUUUCUUUUUGACAUCGUUUAAAACGAUCUUUACGUUUAUUAACUACUCGUUAGUAGUAGCUAUACCUGUGAAGUUUUGCGAUAUUCUGUAUGCUUAUGCUUGGAACAUUAUGGAUUUGUUUAUAAUCAUACUAGCCUGUGCUUUGACUGAAAAAUUCAAGCAACUCAACCGAAAAUUGGCCAGUGUCCGGGGAAAAGUACUUCCAAGUAUGUAUUGGCGGAAGUAUAGAGAAACGUAUAAUAUUUUAGCGUCAUUAACUCACGACUUUGAUGAAUUUCUAUCUCCAGUGAUAUUAUUAUCAUUCGGUCAUAAUUUGUACUUUAUUUGCUUACAACUUCUGAACAGUUUGAAGCCCAUGCACAGUUCUUGGGAGGCUGUGUGUUUUGCAUUUUUAUUUACAUAUCUAGUUGGAAGAACAUGCGCAGUGUCUCUGUAUGUCGCAUCCAUUAAUGAUGAAAGCAAAAAACCAAAAGCUGUCUUAUUCUCUGUGCCAGCAGAGUGUUACGGAGUGGAGGUGCAAAGAUUUUUAACCCAAGUGUCUGCUGAUGAAUUAUCAUUUACUGGUUGUAAUUUUUUUUCUGUCACUAGGACGUUUAUGCUAACGGUGGCUGGAACUAUAGUCACGUACGAGAUCGUAUUGAUACAAUUUAAUAAUGUGGCUGGUGGAGCUGCCGAUCAAAAUAAUACUCUUAUUAAUCUUUGUCCGAAGUUUAAUAAAUAAUUAUGGAUAGAUCUGCUGUAAAAUAAAAUGAAUUGA